UGCACGCGAUAUGAGGCACGCCACGGCGGUCACCGCGGGCCCCCGAUACUGCGCAACGCUCGGGCAGUGAAAGGAGGAAGCGCAAAAGGACCCAACCUCAGCGUCGAGCUCAGUCGUGUGAUUAACGGCCUCUGCGCAUGUUGCCAAUGUGUGAGGGCGACGCGAUGAAACGGCGUCUCCCUUCGGGGCUCCGCUGCCUGGACCACCUGCUGCUCCUCUGGGCCGUUUGCUUCUCUCAGCAUUCUUCCUGCAGUGCCGAUUGCCACAUACAACUUCAGCGUAAUUUCACGCUCAACGAACCAUCACCGAUGGUUCACUCGCGUGUCUUCACACUCAACAGCCCAGGCUGUGGCGGACACGUGAAAUUCAGUGCAACAAAAAGUGGCUCUCCUAUAACAAGAAGGUAUCUGCCAUGGGUGGUGCUGCUCGUCACCAGGACAUUGUCGGGCGUUUACCGCUACUGCAGUGGAACAAUCAUCACCCGGAGGCACGUCUUGACUGCCGCCCACUGCACCUUUUACACAAAGCAAGACCCAAUUGCCAACGUGAAAGUCUACUACGGACUUAAAGGCUUGCAAGGGCCCUUUAGGCGAGUGGCCCGUUUCUUGAGACAUCCCAUGUUCGACAUGUCCACCCUCCGCAACGACAUUGCUAUCCUAAUGAUGGACAAGUGCUUUGAAUUUGACAAGAAUACGGGGAGUGCUUGCCUUCCUGUGGCUCCUGCGGAUCUUGCGCGAAACCCGUCCUUAGAAGUCUACUGGAAAGUUCAAGAAAAUGGCGCGGCCACCAUGUUUGCCGACAUCUUGACCUUGCAGCGAACAUCAUCUUGCCGGCUCCGCCUUGGUGACGCCAGUUUCGAUAGCAGAGUUUCCUUUUGCGGUAUGGGGGCGGCCAUUUGCAAGGACGACUCCGCUGCUCCCGUCUUCAGUCGAGGCACAGAUGGUCGAGGUUUGCUGGUGGGCAUUCUGUCUUACUCUGCGGACUGCUCCUCCAGCUCAGCAGCAAAAGUGUUUACACGUGUGGGCAUUCACGUGCCAUGGUUAAAGGAGAACUUAAGAAGGCAUGAGAUAUAUGAGCCUCUUCUUUUGGCGGUCCUGUAAAAAUGGUUUCUAAAUAAACAGCAAGAAAAUAUAAA